CCGCUACGCCACGCUGUACGACACCACCAACAGGAUCCCCUACAGGUGGAAUAAGGGAACAGACCUGGAAUAUUGAGCCCCAGCUUGAUGACCCCAAAGCGCAGGGCCACAUGACUCCUGAAGGGCGUUCAGGCAUCCCACCAAAUCUCCUGGGCUCCCACCAGGCUCUGCUUAUUGACUACAGCAAACAGCAAUACCAGCCCGGCCACCUGUACCCCGACUGCUGCGGAUGCGACAUCACUUCCUCAGAGUCCUCCUUCACCCUGACCAACGCCGCCCCACAGGACGAAGAGGACGCCACUGACUGGCACGGGCAGGUGGAGAAAGUCACCGCCAACUACAUAGACAACCGGUGCCAGCCUGACUCCACUCACGUAGCCACAGGCAUGGUGCCAGGCAACGCGUGGGUAGUGAGGGGCGGAGCGAGGAGGGUGAACGUGCCCGCCCACUUCUGGUCUGCGUUCUGUUGCACGGACAGAGUGAAAGGCUGCUCUGCGCUGGGCUCCACGCGCAAGGUGACCGCCACCAAGACGGGGAUGAGGAAACUGAAAGACGACUGGAAGAUGAUCGCAGAGAGGAUGUCUGUUGCGGAGCUGAAUGCAGAGCUCGCGCGUCUGCACAGCGUGCCCUCGUUUAAAGUGUUUGGGGACUGCUCUGAUCGGUCCUGGAUCCCCCUGAUCGGUCAGGACAAGCUGCCUGCUGUUAUAGAAUUUGAAGUUCAUGUUGACGUAGGAAGUCAGCCACAGCUCAUCUCGAAUGAGCCUAUAACUGUGAAGGCUGCAGGGAUGUGGUUGGCUACUGUGAAGGCUGCAGGGAUGUGGUUGGCUACCUAA